UUACGUUUUCGCUGUGACUUUUCCGUGAUGUGCUUGUGUCAAAAUACAUUCCAUAAAUUUUCUUCAUUUUUACAUAAAAAUCCAAUAAAAUAAUUUAUAAAAUCAAUCUAAACUAUUAAAUAAAACAUAUUUCAUUCCAUUAAAUAUAAAAUUCAUCUAAAAAAAAUCCACCAUCUUUAUACAAUCUUUUAAAGAAUAAAAAAAAGUUCUUCCAACAAGUAGUUUGUGUCUGGUUUUGUUGAGAAAAGAAAGUUGUUUCGUGCCUCGGGAGCAUUCAACAUUUUUUUUUAUUAAAAUAAAACGACAAAUAGAGCUCCCGUAUUUAAACAAAAAAAUAGAAAAAAAAGUUGUUGAAAAAAAUAAAUAAAACCAGAAGUUAAAAGAAAAAGCUCACAAAUAGAAUAUCUCUACGAAUUGAAGUCAAGUAAAUAUUUGUUAAGUGGUUGUUGGUGAUCUUUCUUAAAAGCAAGCAAGAAUUUCCUUUCCUCAAGUGCAUUUCUGCAUCUUCUAUCGUGUCUCUAUCUAUCACACAAACAACAAGAAAGUCGUCCUAGUCGUUGUUUGUCGUCGUUGUCGUCUUCGAUUUUGUUCACAUUAAAAAAAAAGCGGUUUCAUCGUCGUUAUUUAGUUGGUUGUUGGUUUUUUUUGGUCGUGGAUUGGAAUCGGGAAUAAAAUAAAAUGUUGCGGUUUCUAAGCAGACGAAAAGUCCGGAACACCGCCCCAGACGGCGGCGGCGGUGGAGGUGGUGGCAAUGCCACCAGCAGCAGCUCCCAAAUCAAGUCUCAGAGAAUUGCAGCAAAUAAAAAUAAAAUCGAUUGUCGUGUCAUUUUGUUGGACAACACAGAUCUCUCCAUCGAGUUGUCGAAAAAAGCAAUGGGAAGCUAUUUAUACGAACAGGUUUUCUACGCUCUUGAUCUCACAGAAAAGGACUACUUUGGUCUGCAAUUUACCGACGCUAAUCACGUGAAACAUUGGUUGGAUCCAACAAAAGCCAUUAAAAAACAAGUCAAAAUUGGCCCACCUUAUACAUUCCGUUUAAAGGUUAAGUUCUAUUCAUCAGAGCCAAAUACCCUCCGAGAAGAGCUUACACGUUAUUUAUUUUUCCUUCAACUUAAACAAGAUCUCUUAGAAGGUCGUUUAGAUUGUCCCGAUGAUAAAGCUACUGAAUUGUGUGCUUUAGCUUUACAAUCUGAAUUGGGUGACUAUGAUGAACAAGUGCAUACAGCAGCAACAGUAUCGGAAUUUCGUUUCGUUCCUGAACAAACGGAAGAAUUGGAAAUUGCGAUUCUGGAAGAAUACAAAAGCUGUCGCAGCUUGACACCUGCACAAGCUGAGACAGCGUACUUAAACAAAGCCAAAUGGCUAGAUAUGUAUGGUGUUGAUAUGCAUACUGUUCUGGGAAAAGACGGCUGUGAAUACCAUUUAGGAUUGACACCCACUGGUAUAUUAGUUUUUGAGCGUGAUCAGAAAAUCGGCUUAUUUUUCUGGCCAAAAAUCAGUAAGCUGGACUUUAAGAAGAAAAAACUAACUCUGGUCGUGAUUGAAGACGAUGACGAGGGCCGAGAACAAGAGCACACAUUCGUUUUUCGAUUGUACAAUGAAAAAGCUUGUAAACACCUAUGGAAAUGUGCUGUAGAACAUCAUACGUUUUUCCGUCUACGCGCCCCCGUUAAGGGUCCAUCUGCUAGGCAGAAUUUUUUCCGAAUGGGUUCACGCUUUCGAUACUCGGGAAGAACAGAAUUCCAAACAACAGCACAGAGUCGAGCUCGCCGAACUGUGCAAUUCGAACGUCGGCCAUCGCAGAGAUUCGCCAGCCGACAAUCGCACCUGUUGCGCGAACGACAAAAAGCGUCAGCUGCGGCGGCAGUAGCAGCCAUCGCUGCAAGAAAUUCAAUCGAUCAAGCAAAUGAAAGCCUUCUACCACUAACAUCGAUGACAGACAAUAGCCUUGUCCAGAUUGAUUCGCCAUCCAUGUCUACCAUUACUCCAUCACCAUCUGUGCAAACGGUAAUUCACAACUCAAUCUGUGAGCUACCGGACACAUCUUGUGCGGCAUCAAUUAACUCCGGCCAUAUGAACACGUGCGCGUCGCUGGGUCACGUCUCCAUGAAGUCAACAUCGAGCACUGAAGAACCUGGCUACAGUAAAAUUGGUUCAUUUGGUAAAGCUGGACUUACUGUAAAAAUGGAACCUGAGACACCAGCAUACCCAUCGCCGACCACGAAGAACUUUGAAGACACUAAUCCAUUUAGGACACAAUCUCAUCACGGUUCGUUUGGAAAGGCUUCCAUAAGUUCAUCAUUUAGCAUAAAAAGUGGCUUAUCGGAUAAAGAUAAGGAGCUAGAUUCAUUGCUUAAGUCCAUUGUUAAAGAUCCAUCCCCAUCAAUCCUAGCUACCGAAGCAAUUAAUGAUGCUAACAGUAUCAGGGUAACAAUCAAUAAGACAUCGGAUAUGGAACAUAAUACAGAGACUUUGAAGCGAUUAUCAAAUAAUAAUGAAAAACCAAACAACCAAGUGAAAAUGGCAAAUAUUGGAUCUGGAGCGCUACCGCCUGGGCACAUUAAGUGCAACAUUCUAAAAGCCCGAGUAGAAGAAGAACUUGGAGCAGCUAACAAUGCCAAGUUAACAAAUCAAAUGUUUGUUCCUGCUGCUUCUUCCUUGAACAACAGUCUAUAUCAUUCCGAUGGACCCGAUUCCAUCAAUGCUACCUACAUAUCAGUCGGCGGUGACAAACUCACACUAAGCAUAACCGAACCAAAACCAUCUUCAUCGCCUACAAUAACUACAUCAUCACCGCUACCGCCCAGCAGUCCCACAAAUGCUUUUGCUUCAACAACACUUACGACAGUUGUUACAACAACACCCAGUAGUCCACCGCCACCAUCAACGCCGACCCUUGUCUCGACGACAGAUUCACUUAUAAAUGAGAUAUUCAUUAAUAACAUUAGCAGCAACGUUGUCGACGAUCGCAAGGAAGUGGUCGCACCACCGGCUGUGCCGGUCAACAAUGUGUCCAAUAUAAUUUCGAACGACGAACGAAAUCAUGAAAAUAAGGAGAACAAGGAACUGAAUGAAAAUAAAUAUCGGGAAAAGAAAAAUUCCAUUAACCACAUCAACCCACCCAAUGAAAUGGUCUCACCAUGGCUUGUGUCCUCUGAAAUUGUUUCGGCUCCAAAAAGUAAAGAGCCAACAAUUAUACGUAAAUCAGUCAUUACAACACAAUUGUAAUGAAUUAACUAAAUUAAUUUAUUCUGGCAACUACUUAAGGUAUUAUUUUUAUCUAAAUUCACAAAAAAAAAAAACAUGAGAUACAAUCAAAAAGGAGAAAAAUGCAAACAAAUAUUCGCAAUAUUAAACGGAUAAAUAAACUACUUAGUAAUUAUUAUUAUUAAAAAUAAAAACGGAAGAAUAUUUACAUAUAUCUACACAAUACAAUCCAUUUAUCUUAUAUACAAUAUUUAUUUUAUUUAGGCUGUUAAUAUUUACAUGUAUAAAUAAAAUUUAAAACUGAUAAAUUA